UUAACAAUCGGAAACCAGUUCUGUUGAAGAGAAACCUAAAACCGGUUAAUUUUCAGAAUUAAAUUCCUAUACGGUAACUAAUUAGAGAUCGCAAACCAGCCCAGGCGACAGCUUGACACCCACACCCCACACACACACACAAACACACACACACAGAGAAAGGGGAAUUCUGAACGGAAUGCGACAGCCAAUGAGAGACAGGGUAAACACCGUGGAUCAUCAGAGUGGAAUGUGCGCUUGCUUGUUUUUUCUUCAAACUGAAAGCGAAGCAGCAAGUGGAUGAAGUAAAUUUCCAUCCCUGUUGAGUGUGGCUGAGGUACCGUUUAAGAAGAAAGAAGCCUGAAAGGUCCUGUCAAUGUAGGAUGGCCCAGCCCUGCAAUGUGCUGUCGAUCCCCAGCCUGGAUGUGGAGAACCUUACCCUGAUCAGAGCCAGCUCCGGGGCCUGUCUGAGAGGUCAGCUCAGAGGUCAUGGCCGUCAGGUUUCCAUUAAAGUGCUGACCGUCCGACCCACUACAGAGAGCGACUGGACUGAGCGCCUCAAGGAGAUCGCACUGGUGUGCCGGGUCCGAUCGGACCGGGUCAUGGUUCCUCUCGGGAUCUAUCGCUCCAAUCUCUUCCUGGGCUUGGUCUCCGACUGGAUGGGCGGUGGCUCUCUACGCUCCCUCUUGUAUGAGUGCCAGCUGUUUCCGGAGUUGCCCUUGCCACUGCUCCUCAGAAUUCUAUUGGAUGUUGCUGAAGGGGUGUGUCACCUGCACAGCCUGACUCCUCCUCUUCUUCACGAGGCCCUUAAGUCUAGCAACGUCCUGCUCGACACGCAGAACCGGGCUAAGGUGUGCGACUAUGGGCUGUCUCAGUGGAGAGCCUGGACUCUGCAGUCAGUCCCUGCAGACUACAGUGGUCUGUGCAGCGGAGACCUGGCCUAUUUAUCACCAGAGACCUUGCGAGGCGAGGCACCGUCUGCAAAGGGAGACGUAUACAGUUUUGCCAUGCUCAUGUGGGAGACCCUCAGCAGGAGAAGGCCGUAUCAAGAUAUUGGGCAGCCCCAGGAUCUGGUCUCAUCAGUCCAGAGCGGAGCGCGCCCCGAUACUGGGGAGGAGUUUAUACCUGUUGCUGUGCCACAGCGAAACUCCCUGAUCCAGCUGAUGACACAGUGCUGGCACCCUGAUCCACACACCAGACCUCAGAUCAGAGAUUGUGUCCUGGAGCUGCGCAGAGUUGUGGAGACGUUUCACCCUGACACACUUUCACAGGCUGCCCUCCUGCUGAAAGAAAUGAAGGAGAGGGCGGUAGAGGGCUGCAAGGACCAGCUGAUCCAUACGCUGCAGAUCGAGAUCAACAACCUGGAGAUUUCCAGUCGGAAUCCCAAGAAUGCCGGAAACAAGUCUGUUCCCAUGGAAACAGUACAGAUGUUGAAAUCUGCACCAGUGGGCCCUGACCCGCGCAGGACAAGCCCCAAAACUCCCCCAGUCCCUCAGAUGGGGCGAGGCGUUCCCAUGGAGGCUGCGUCCCAGAGAGAGAGCUGUAGCUUUUCCAGUUCUCUACCCAGCAAGCCAGCCUUCCUCAGAGGUGAUGGAGGGGAGCAACAGAGCAGCCCAGACAGGUGCUGUCCUGGGCAGAGCCCUCCACCCCCACCCCUGCACCAAACAGACUCCUUCAGCCAACCUGAUCAAUGCACACUGGCGUGGUUUCCAGAGAGGAGCUGCUGCCGGAUCCUGCAGGACAGGCGGGGGUCCAUCGUUCGGGGGAUGACGGAGGGGAGGCUGAACUACGUGCUGGACAGGCUGCGUUCGCGGCAGGCGCUGGCCCGAGAGGACUACGAGUACAUCACUGCUGCCCUGACGCUGGCGGCCCGCACUCGCUGCCUGCUGGACACCUGCCUGUGCCUGGGAGAAGGGACGGCUCAGCUGGUAGUGCAGGCCCUGGGCCUGGGCUCGUCCAGGGGUCUGUGCCAGUGAGAGGGUCGAUGGGCUAGGUGAUUGAAGUCGCAGGAGCAGGCUGUGUCGGGGAGGGGGGUGAAUUGACCCUGGGAUUCAAAUGGAAAUGCAAUCGUGUGAUAUCCAAACUUGUGUUUGAAAGUUCUCAUUUAUAACUGUAUAAUGAAGCAGGGUUUGGAAGAAACCGUUUCAAAUACAUAAUAAUACAAGUGUUGUAAUCUGUGCUGUAAUUACAGCACACACGUUUACAGCAGACGUCAAGAGAAGACAAAGACGUGGGUCUGCUUGGGUUCACUUGUCAAAGUGUUUUGUUUUCACAGAAUAGAACGUUUUUCUCAUGGUAAUAUGUUUAAAUGUAUUUGUUAAACCAUCACAGGUGAAGUAGUUUUUAUAAAACGUUAUACUUUGCUGAGUCGUGUAUAGUAGUUAUAUCUACUGGCAAGGCUGCUUAGAGCCUCAUCUCUUGAGUGUUUUGGUUCUGGUCUUUUCAUGUUAAUGACCAUAGCCAAGGGUCAGGAGUUUUAUAGUCAUUAACUUAAAAUGUAAUAAAUAUUCAGCGUUGCUAAAUUAAAUUGUUAAAUUGCUACUCGCCACACAUCACAUUGAAUGAGGUCUCAGUUAGAUUUAAAAAAAAAAAAAAGAGUUUUUAUUAUUUUCUCACCUGGAUGAGAAUUUAUAUUGAAACUCCUGCACUCUCCCUACUCACAAGACAGCAACUGUAUACAACAUUAUUGAAUAUAAUUCUAUAUCGUUUUGUAGUACUGGGUAUUUGUAUCUUGCAUCAAGAGCAAAGGAUCUGCUAGUAUUGUUAUAUUAAGACAGAUGCAUGUGUUAGUUAUUUAUUAAUGUUAUUAUAAUCAUUAUUUUAUAUAUAUAUAUAUAUAUAUAUAUAUAUAUAUAUAUAUAUAUAUAGAUCUAGCUAAACAUACCACUCCACAGGCAACGUGGAUGAGGGAUACAGCAGACAGGUUUGUGUGGAAGAAUCUUGGGGAGACCUUCAUCCAGCAGGGGAUUGAAAAAGGCUGAAAUGUUGUUUAAACACUGGUCUGUAUGUAUCAUUUUAUAGCCUGUCCUGGUUUUCAAAAUAGCAAAGAAUAUACAAGAAGACGGGGGGUGAGGAAGGGUUUUUUUUUUUACUUGAUUUUUUUUACUUGAUUUUGUGCAUUUUGUGACAAUUGUGAGUUUCUGUGUAAAAAUAAUAAUAAUAAUAAUAAUAAUAAUAAUAAUAAUAAUAAUAAUAAUAAUUAAAUAUUUGAAAAUGUUCAUUGUGUGUUUUUUUUAUUUUCCCCCCAUGGUCACGUAGCCUUGCGAAAUACACAAUCUUGUCAAUCACACAGUUCCCACAAACAAAUGUGUGUGCGCUGCAUGUUUAGCCAACAUUAUGAAAGAGCACAGAGAGGGAGCUGGACCCCGUUCCAAUCAGGCAGGGUUAUCAGGCCCGUGUGAACCGUGUGUAAAGUACUCCUGUGGAAUUCUGCAGCACUGCAAAGCCUGUGCAUUCUCAGAAGAACACAUGAGCAUCAGAGACUGUGAGUGCCUCGCUGGAAUUAGCUGUUGCAAUGCCUACCGGUAGUGAGUUGGCAACACCAGAAUAACAGAUAUUUAUUGUUCUUUUUAAAUAAUAAAGAAUUGAAAUGUGA